AUGUCGGACACACAAUACUCCCCUUCACCUCCUCCAGACGAGUCAGAGAUGAAUCAAGAAGAAAUGAGACCAUUGUCAUCCGUUGAAUUCCUACCUCCUCCAUGCAACUCAGAUAUAAAUCACGAGGAAUUGAGAGAAUUUCUCGAAGAACCUUUGAAAUUCAUCACAUUCCUGAAGCCAGUUCCAAUCCAGGGAUGCAGCCAGCGUAACAGACGACAACGGCAGCGGAUCAUUGAAAAUGCGGCUUUGGAAGUCCUGCAAAGGUAUCCACCCGGCCUAAUUACAACUAGUAGGGAGUAUGCUUUGGAUCAAAUUGACUUUUCAUCGAGUGGAGUUUGUCGUGGGGAAUCAGGUAAUCAGAUUUCCACACAAGAUACUGCAUGUGUCCCCCUGACGAGCAACAUUCAUCCGGAUGGUUAUUUGAGUACUAUCAUCGCCCGACUGAACUUUGUCGUCGAACAGACACUUGGUGGAGCUCGGGCUCGAGGGUUACACAUGACACCAACAGAGCUUCAAAACGCAUGUUCUCAACAGAUUCAUGACAAUGACGUUUGGAGUGAUGAGGAGCCUUUUAAAAUCCAGCAUCUUGACCUCACAGGCAGUGACUGA